AUGGAAGCAGCGAAGGAAUACAAAAUAGUUACUCUCGGCGAAGGAAGAGUAGGCAAGACUUCUCUCACAUUAAAAGCAGCCAGGAACGUAUUCCACGAAGACGAGCAGUCUACAGUAAAUGCAAACUUCCUCAUCAAAGAGAUCUCAGUUCAAGGCGUAAGCGUCAAAUUAAAUCUCUGGGAUACCGCAGGCCAAGAACGUUUCCGGGCCCUUGCCCCGAAUUAUUACCGAGGAGCCAAAGGCGCAGUAAUUGCAUAUGACAUUACUGAUAGAUCAUCAUUUGAUAGAGUUGUUUCCUGGGUGAAAGAGCUUGGCAUGCAAGCUGAUAAGGAUAUUUGUAUAGUUAUCGCUGGGAAUAAAUGUGACAGAGAAAGCGAAAGGCAAAUACCAAAAGCUGAAGCCUUGGAAUAUGCAAGAAAAGUUGGUGUCACACAUUUUGAUACCAGCGCUAAAACAGGAAAAGGGGUUGAAGAAAUAUUUCAAGAAUUGGCAAGGCUCGUAUAUGAGACACAACAAAAAGCGGCGGAGUCAGGCCAAAAUAAAAGAUAUACUUCUAGGUCAAGCAAAAAAGUGAAAAUCCAGCAAAACACGACUAGUGAAAAAGAGAAAAAACAGUGUUGUGGGUAA